AUGUUGAAUAUACGGGGCGUUGAGCGUGCGAUGAUGCUACAGGUCUUGGAAUUAGCGAACUCCGUAGCGGGGCCUUGGGGAGAAGAAAUCAUUGAGGCAGCUACGCAGAACAAAGUAGCCUCGAAAUCAAGUUCAGAGAGUGUCAAGUGUCAGUCAUUACUGGAGAGCCUCAAAAAUGGAUUCCUUGCUGAAAUCAAGGCAAUGGAGCAAGACUUCAAGCUCCAGGUUAACAUGCAGAAGGGUGAAAAUGUAAGGUUCAAACAACUGCUAACAGAUAUCAGGUCUGAGAAGACGUCGAUCCACCAGCAGCUGCUUCUAUUUCAGCGCCGAGUGGAAAGGCUGGAAAAUGAAAUUGGUCAGGACUGA